AAAAAAUACAUGUGUCGUGUUUGUAAUAAAAGAUUUACACGACCCAGCUCUUUAACAACACACAUCUACAGUCAUACAGGAGAAAAACCUUUCAAAUGUCCAAUUGAAAAUUGUGGUAGAAGCUUCUCUGUGGUUAGUAAUCUUCGUAGACAUGCUAAAGUC